GCGAGGCCGUGCCACACCCAGUGUGUUCUCCCAUGGCAAAGUUGACUCAUAGUCGGUAACAGGACACCAGCCAGAGCAGGAGAGCUGCUCCAAUCCGUGCGAGCUGAAGAGAGACCCUCGGACACGCAGCAGAACAGUCGGCAGCAGCAAGACUCAAACUAAAAGCUUUACCGGAGCGGCGGAGAAAGAAACCUCACAGUCAACAUGACGUUUUGCCUGAGGGUUGUUUUACUUCUUGUCCUCGUUGCUGGGACUUUAGGAGAAGAGGGAUUUGACCUUUCCCAUGCCCUUGGUGAUUCAGAUCUAACAACUGCAAAACCUAAGGAGCAAACAAAGGCCCCGGAGAAGCCUAAAUCUGAUGGUGGGCUGGACCUUCUAGACGCAUUUGGAGGAGACGACUCAACAACUACGAAGCCAAAGAAACCAAGUUCUGGUGAUACUGGUGGCUUCGGAUUUGAUCUGGGUGAUGCAUUGGGUCCAGACAACGACCCCAAACCCGACAAACCUGCGGUCAAACCACCAACGAGUGGAGGAGGUGGUGGCUCAUUUAGUGACUCCGACUUGUCCGAUAUUGGUGGUGGUGGGGAGUACAAGCCCGAUGCAGGCAGCUCAGAUGGAGGCCAUGGAGAGCAUCCGGAAAAUGAUCAUCACGGUGGUGCUGAUCAACCUCAAGAAGCUGGAUCUGGAACGAUUGCAGGAAUUGUCAGUACCAUAGGAGUCGCUCUGGCCGGGGUAGCAGGCAGUUACUUUGCUUACCAGAAGAAAAAGCUCUGCUUCAAGCUGCAGGGAGGUGUGGAUCCAGAAAGUGGUAAAGCCGGGCAAGGCACUCACUCUGAACCUCAAGUACUCAGCAACCUGCUCAGGACAUCCUAGACGGCCUCUUUCCAAGCACAAGACAAAGGGGUCUCUACAACAACACAGAAGUUUAUUCAACUCUCAGUCUCAUCUGGUCCAUAACGUGAGACCUUCUCUGCAUCUUCCUGCAGCCGGAUUAGUUCAAACUAUAAAAGCUGAAGCCUAACUGACAAAUGUCAAACUCAAAAUACAGUUAGUUAUGUACCAUUUAUUGCUCCAUUCACUUUUAACAAAACCUCAACCCUGGUUGUUUUAUAGAGCGAAGUGAUGAUUUCAGCAUGUAUAUUUGCACGGAGCUCUGUGUCCAUGUGCUUUGGCUGUGUGUGAGUCCUGUACCAGUUUUCUUUCUUUUCAUCAUUUUAACACUGUAAGCGUGUGUAGUUUAACAAAGUAGCUACAUGGGUGGGGAACGGUAAGGUGGACCUUUUUUUCCUGAUGGUCUUCUGGGAUUCAUUGUAGUAUUAGACUCACUCAGUUGGCAUCUCAGAAGGAUUGAACAAACCUUUAAUUGUAUUUGUUUGGCUCAGAAUGUAUAUACUGUUUUUUCCGCUUAAGCUCCUAUCAAAGCAACUCAACUCUUUCUGCAGAACUUUCAAACUAAAAGCCUACCAAUAACUAGAUCUGUUGAGGUAAGGGUUUUAAUGUGAAAUGCAUUCCUCAGGAAGGGCCUAUUUUAAUUGACAGCAAUUUAAAUUAGAGUUCAAUCAACAGUGGACAGGGUGAUGACAAGAUAAUUAAUCAGCUGAUUGAUAUUAGCAAUAUAUUAUAUUUUUAUAUAUUCAUUGUCUUUACUGAUCUACAUGACUGAUUUAAGUGGCACUUCAUUGCAGUGGCAAGAUAAACUACAAUUGUUUUCUCAAUAUUUGAAAACAAAUGUCACGAAAUUCAGCAUACACAACACAAGUAGGCUAUAUCUAAGAUGUAAACCACCCUUUAUCACCCACAACAUUAGUCAGAGUAUGUGUUAUCAUACUCUGACUAGGUUUUGUGGGGUCUUUUAUUUAGUUUUACUCUUUCAUAGCUGCACUGACCAAUAUUUUUGCUGUGGUUACAAACGCACAGAAAUUGUGUCUCUUCUGGGUCAUUUCUUUGCUUUAACAAGCCAAUAUUCUUAACAACAUUGUUAUAUUUUUAUUAUUGUUAUUAUUGUAAUUUAAGACUCAGAUGUUUUGACUUUAUUUUUGCAUGCAAAGCAGCAUUACAAGCAUCACUCUUGAGUCUAUGCAUUUUUAAAGACAGCUAUUACCAUCUGCAUUUAUGUCUUCAUUACAUUUUGGUGCAUUAGACAAAUAGACAAACCAACUGCAAAUAAAUCUUGCCUAUUAGCGGUACAAUUGUCUGUUCGUACGUGUCUUAAGUUGCAAUAUGCUCUCUAGGAAUGUAAUCAGUUUUGUAAUCACAAAUACGCACAGACACAAGUAUGUACACCAAUAAACAUUAUUGCAUCAGGGAAUGCCAGUUGAGUGAGAAUUGUUAUGAUGCCAAACAAUACAAUGAAUUGUUUCCUUUGCGAGCUGUAAAUACUUUAGGACACUGUUUAUAGAUAUCCGCUAACUUUUGCUUUAGGCUGAGUGCUGCAGUGUGCUUUGAGCAUUUCAAUAUCAAUGAGCAUGAGCUCAGUUUGAAGUGUAUUUUGAGUAUUUCUUUUGUUCCAACUUUUACAAGCAGAAACCUGAUUCAGUUUUAUCUCAUCUGAUGAGAUAAAUGUUACUUUGAGUGGAUUUAACAUGUGUGUACAUGUUUUCAAUAAAGUGCUGUUGUGUACAGUU